AUGACCCAAAAAUACGAAAGAUACCUUAAUUGGUUAAAAGACAAAAACCUAUCUCCGAACAGCAUUCGGGUGUAUAUGGAUACUCUGACGAGAUUUCCCGUCAAAAUCACCACUCCCAAUUUACGGGAAUAUUUUUUAGCCCAGGUGAAGUAUUACGAGCCUGCUAGUUUAAACAGCCAACGGAAAUUUUAUAUUACGAUUGAUGAGAAAGAGUUAAGCCAGUUAAAAGCAGCUCAAGUAGAGAAAAGUCCCGAAGUUCACGAACGGAAUAAUUUAAUGCUCGAUUUUCUGUUUUAUAGGAAGCAAUUAAAAAUCCAUGGCAAAGGCAAUAAAGUCCGUUAUAUUUUACUCCCUCCUUUUCUGAUUAGUUAUUUUCGUCCUUAUGCCAAUAUUAGGAAACGAAUAACUCCCCACACUUUUAGACGGAGUUUUGCCACUCUGCUUCAUAAUAACGGAGCUCAAUUAACCACUAUUCAGAACAACCCCAGCAUAAAAGCCAUGCCAGAAAAUAAAACCCCUAACGGAGAAAUUAUCCGAGAAGUUAUUAAUAAUUCGCAAACUGACAAUUACGAAAAAUUGGUCGAGGAGAUAAAAAGCAAAUCCCAGCAAACUUCCCCUAUUGCGGAAAGUCCUGACCCUUUACCUACCAAAAAAAUAAUUGCCUCGGUUAACCAAGUAAGUGUUUCAAAUGUAGCCAAGUUUACCACCCAGGGAAAGAUUUGGCAAGUUCCAAAUGAUUUUAUUGAGGUAGCUGAAAAGGCAAAAGUAAAAUCCCUCCUUUUAACUGAUUUUGAGACUGGUUUUAUCGACCCUUUGAAAAAGAAUGAGACUGAGAAAAUGAGUAAGCCAGAGGGAGUAGCCGAAGCCCCAAAGAAGGCUAACAAAAAAUAUGAGUUUAGAAAAUACCCUA